UGCACACUUUUCUAAUAACGACAGCGACGUUCGAAGUCAAGACACUACGUUGUGGUGUGUGCUCAACUUGCGCGAUAGCUAGCAGAGCUAGGGCGGCAGUGACUGCGCGAAAAAGAAAAAAAAAGAAGGAAUAGCACUGCUGACAGUAUCUCUAUGAUCGUCGCUUGAAUGCUCCAGGCGUGCCAGGUGCCACAGACGGACCUCAACAUCGAGAAGACAGCCAUCGGCCAUGACACCACGGCGCAGUCCCAGCGACUCAUGCGGGAUAGGCUGUUGGCGUUUGACACGCUCAAGCACCUUAUCGACAAGGCCACGCUGAUCAUGCAGAAACCCGACGUACGCACUAACCUGACAUGGUUGUUGCUCAACGCUGACAUGACUGACUCAACGGGCCAAUGUCUCCGAGCACCCUUCGAGCGCGUGAAGGGAUUCAGAGAUUUUUAUUACCGGCGACCACUCAUGCCGAAGGGUUAGCCACAUACCCUGCGGCUGUGUGGUAAUUGCGCAAAGACGCGCAGGUGUCGCACCCUUUUGCGAGCCGUCGUGUAAGCUGUCUGUGGGCGGGCUUUUUCGUUAGCCCUACGUGACCAGGUAG